GGAAAGAGCCUGCGCCCUGCCGUUGCACUUUUUGCGGAGUUCUGUUGCUUCGGCUGGCGCGCGGUUGUUGUUGCUGUCGAAGUGACGGGGACACUUGGAGCUCUAGUGCCUGCACAACAGUCGAGUGCGUUGUCAAUGGCGGCGGCUGUUUAGAGAAGAAAGUCUGGCGCAUUAGUGCUGCACGCGGAUAUUUGACUCCAGUCCAGUGCUCCGCCGGCACCGGCGCUCGUUCUGGUCGCUGGAUCCUUGGACGCGACUUGACGUAGCGAGCAAUCGACCGCGUUUGUCUGGCUGGGCCUUCCUUUUUGCGUGUACUCGAGCUACAGCCCCGCUCAACGACGAGCGCCGAACGGACAGCUAACAUUCGAUGGACAGAUCAGAGUGGUGUGGCGAGUGUUGACUUCGUUCGAAGACUCAGCUCAUUGCGGCAGCAAUUAACACAAACUUCAGCACACAUGUAUGCGGGUCGCGAAUGCGAUCGAAGCUCCAUGGCAGGCGCAACUGGCGAGAGCUAAGCUUCGAGCUGUGCAGACUACUAUGUAUUCACCCUACGCCUUUUAGUGUCCCGUGUAAUCGCCGUGGAGCGGUUGACCACUACGAUUGCUGAGCUUCAUGACGCUCCUCGCCGGCUUGUGCAUGUCCGUACGAGCCCGGGCUCCGUCAGACGUCGGCUUUGAGCCACAAGUCGAUCGCUGCAGUGACUGGCGUUGUAGCACUUCAUCUUCCGCCCCCCGCGUCUCUGUCCGAUCUGUGGACUCAUGCCUGGCUGCCGCCGUCGCUGGCUUUCUGCCAUCGUAUCGGAGCACGCUUCGCAACGUGCGAAUCGAGUGGUAUUUUGUGAACUUGAUCCGGGCGGCGCGGCGAGGCAAAUCAGCGCUGCCAUGCCGCAGAGAGAGCACUUCGCCCGAUUUCGACACAACUUCCUGUUUACAACAAGGAACAUGUAUGUUGAAGUUCCAGUCGAAGGUCCGACCUUUGCUUCGUCUGUCUGAACACUUCGAGUUCGCGGUGGAUCAACGGUGACUUUCAAUCACGGCCCGCGAUAAAUUUCUCCCCGCAGAGGCCUGCGGACACUCAUACUACAUGGAGGGCUCUUAAGAGUAGCAGAGAUUAAAUCGGUGCUGCUGCAGUAGAUCGGUUUGGCGGAGACCAGCGAUGAUAACACAUGGAGCGCGAGUAAUGCGCCAAGGUGCUCGUCUUUAUGAUCGCUGCACGGCCGGAGAGGAGGCAGCGCAC